AUGAUCUUCUUGCUCAGCGUGGCCCUCGCGGCCGCCGUGCAGCCGGCAGCGGCUAUGCUGGCGUGCGACCGCGUCGUCGCGGACAAGCAGAUCUUCGACUUUAGCCCUCUCCGGGGCCCGCACUCCGUCGUCACGACGCAGCACACUCCGCCCACCGAGCAGAAUGUUACGUACACGCUGGAUCUGUGCGGCCCGCUGAAGCGCAAGGAGGACGUGCCCAAGGGAGAAGAGUGCCCAAACGGAAGCUGGGCAUGCGCGAUAAAACGACUACGAGCGGCCGACGGAACGACCAGCAUCACACAGGUGAUUCCACUGGCCGGCAACCUCGCGGACCACGGCGGCGGCUCGCUCGACCACAAGGCGACGCGCCUCAAGACGGCCGACUCGAACGCGGACGCGCAGCAGGAGGGCGUGCGGCUGGUGCUGCAGGGCGGGCGGUACCCGCUCGACGGCGCCGUCAAGGACCGCCAGAACCAGCGCGUGAUUGUGGAGCUGCUGUGCGACAAGGAGCGCACGGGCACCGAGGGCGAGUGGCUGGUGGACGAGUACGAGGGGGCGGCGGGCGGCGGCUCGGCGGAGCCGCCGCAGACGGUGGCGAACGAGACGCUCGUGGAUGCGGGCUUCAGCACGCGCGAGGACCACCCCGGCGAGAAGCAGCUGACGCGCGAGGGCGAGAACCCGGCGCUCGUGUUUGGCGGCUACGAGAUCCACGACGCCGACGGCGCGUUUGGCACAUUGCGGCUGACGUGGUACACCAAGUACGCGUGCGAGAACGCGGCCGACGGGCGGCGCGACCACUGGGGCUUCUUCACGUGGUUUGUGGUCCUGGUGUUUCUGGGCACGGCGGCGUACCUCAUCUUUGGCUCCUGGCUCAACUUUAACCGGUAUGGCGCGCGCGGCUGGGACCUGCUGCCGCACAUCGACACCUUGCGCGACGCGCCGUUCCUGCUCAAGGACUGGGUGCGGAGGCUGAUUAACACUCUCCAGGGCAGCGGCAGCCGGGGCGGCUACAGCGCUGUGUGA